UUGCCUGGUUUAAUUUGAGAUAUGAUAUAAAAAGAUCAAAAAAAUCUUAGUGAUAAUUAAUCAUGUUUGCAUUGAUUCUUGGUCUUGUUAUUCUUGCCUCUGCUAAAACAUAUCCUUUCACUCUUACUUCUUGUGCAAAGAACCCUACUUUCAUCAUUCAUCAAAUGACUAUUCAACCAGAUAACCCUAUAAAUAUUCAAGGAGGAUUUACUCUUGAUUUUGAUAUUGAAGUAACAAAAGAAAUUACUGAAGCCACUGUUGCUUUAACUUUCCAAAAGGAAGUUCUUUUCUGGGUUACUGUUCCAUGUGCAAAGAAUGUUGGAUCAUGCACUUAUAAUAAUAUUUGUGAAUUAUUUGCUAAUGUUACUGAUGAAUGUUUGAAUGCUACUAGAAGCCAUGGAUUUGAUAAAGUUCCAUGCUCAUGCCCAAUUCCAGUAAGUAGAUACACUGCUUCUAUUCCAAUUCCACCAUUGGAUAUUCCUGAUGGAAUUGAAUGGUUAGCUUCAGGAAAUUAUAAAAUUAAAAUGGUUGCUACUGAUCCUACUGGAGCAGAAAUUUCAUGUUAUGAUGCAAAAUUCUCAUUAUCAACAAAAUAA